AUGUUUGCGUUUAAGCGGUCGUCCUGUUACUUUCAAGUCUCAAACAAGAUCGUCAAGAAUGGACAGAUCCGCGGCUACAUAAGUGUAGCCGAUCGUGUGCACCGUGUAACCAUGUUCAAGAUGCCCAAGGCUGAGGAUCAACAACGUUUCUUGGAGCAGUGUCGAAAGAUGGCUGCUGACAACCAAAGGAAUGGCUCGCCUUAUAUACUCAGUAUGGUUGCCGGCCCUGCUGAAGAUGGUCCUCGCACUGAAGGCUAUACGUUUGUCAACAAGACCGAGUUUGCCAGCAUGGAGGAUAUGAAGUAUUACGAGACUGAGUGCCCCGCUCACGGAGAAGUAAAGAAGGUUCUGGGUGAGAUUACCAUAGAUGGGAUGAUGACUGUUUUCUUCAAGCCGCAGGCCACUGGAGGCGCGUAG